AUGUCUUCCCGCCAGUGUGAGGCCCUCGUUGCGCUCCUCGGCACAGACAAGGUCCUCCUGCCGGGCAGCACAGGAUACAACGCGUCCCUAUCGUCCUACUUCAGCCCGCAGGCGGCGGCCGUCCACCCGGCCUGCUUCGUGACCCCGCAGACGGUUUCCGAUGUCUCGAACGCGGUCAAGUCGCUGACCACCUCGGCGAACAACAGCACCCCUGGCGAAUUCGCAGUCCGCGCUGGCGGCCACACGUGGUUUGCCGACGCGAACAGCGCUCCCGGCGGCAUCACUAUCGACCUGCGCGGCCUCAACGCCAUCGAGCUGAGCGCCGACAAGGCCGCCGUGUCGGUGGGGGCCGGCGCCACCUGGGAUAAAGUCUACGGAAAGCUUGACCCCUCGGGUCUGAGCGUCGCCGGCGGUCGCGUUGCCAAUGUAGGAGUGGGCGGGCUGACCCUCGGGGGCGGGAUCUCCUAUUUUGGCCCGCGCGAGGGCCUGACGUGCAACCAGGCGACGUUGUUCGAGGUGGUGCUGGCCGACGGCUCCGUGGUCGAGGCCAACGAGGAGCAGAACGCGGACCUCUGGUGGGGGCUUCGGGGCGGGUCAAACAACUUCGGCAUCGUCACGCGCAUCGACUUCAGGACCUUCAAGCAGGAAGGCCCGCUGUGGUCGGUUCUGACGCUGAACUCUCUGGCUGAAGUGGACAAUCAAGCCCGUAUCUACGCCGAGCUGAUGGCGGCCGAGAAUUACGACGAGAACGCCUCGUUUCUUACCGGCUGGGCUUAUGCCAGCACCCAAGGUCUAAGUGUAACGCUGAACCAGCUGGUCUACACGCAGCCGGUCGCGAACCAGACCCCGGCGUUCUACAAGCCUAUCCUCGACCUGCCACCUAUUAGCAAUGCGACGGUCACGCCGCCCGUGGUCGCCAACAUGUCGACGCUUGCGCAGAACUCGGUGGCUCUCCAGGCGCCGCAGGCGGCGCGGUACAUGACGGCCACGACGACGUUUGUCGUCACCGAAGCCAUGAUCCGCGCGACCUUCGACGCCUUCAACGCGUCGCUCGCGCUGGUCCAGGACGUGAAGGGCGUCAUGUGGGCCAUGAACAUCGAGCCCCUGCCGCCGCAGAUCUACACGCGUGGCGGCGCCGACAAGAACGCGCUGGGGCUGAGCGACCAGGCCGGCUCGCUCGGCGUGUGUCUGAUCUCUCCGUCCUGGACCGACGCCGCCCAGGACGAGCAGGUCUACAGCGCGGCGCGCUCGCUCAUGGCCGACGUCGAGGCCAAAGCCAAGGACCUGGGCCUGUACAAUCCGUACAUCUACCUGGACUACGCAGCUUCGUGGCAGGAAGUCAUCAAGGGGUACGGCGAAGAGAAUGUGAAGAAGCUGCAAACGCUUAGAGCAAGGGUCGAUCCUCAUGGGGUGUUUACACGGCAGGUCACUGGCGGUUUCAAGAUUCCGGAGGCGAGUUGA